UUUGUAAAUAAAUAUCAGAAGAAAAGACACCGCUCCCUCCGUCUCUCCUUCCCUCCCCACGCCUCCGUCAUUUCUAUUACUAUCACUACCAUCACCAUCAUCAUCAAGUCUUUUUCUCCAUUCAACUGUUCUAAUUACCAAGAGAUCCAAGAACGGGGUUUCUCCCUUUUGGCUUCUUUACGCUGGCGGAUUUUUCUUUUGUUUUCUUUAUUUUUUUUUGGAUUCUACGGCUCUGCGCUUCGUCUUCGAGGUGUCUCGCAGUUGGAAGAGAAGAAAGAAGGAGAAGAAGAAGCACGGUACAAAGUUUGAUUAGAAGAAGAAGAAGAGCUCCGGAGGAGGGUUUGGGGUGGGGAGGAGUGAGAGUGUAGAGAGUAAGUGGGAGGGAUCGAUGCCUGGUGAUGAGCGCGGUAGAGUGGAGGAAAAGGGGGGAGAGGAGGGAUCGGAGUCUAAUUAUGAAUCGGGGCUGGAUCCAGGGGGCAAGAGAGGAGGGGCGGGUGCUGGUUCGCAGGAGAGGCGUGGGGAUGCGGCCGUGCCGUCUCCCAUCAUCAGCAUCGUGAUCUCGCAGCCAGAGGAGGUUCCGAAUCACUCCAAGGUGAGCGUCUCGAAGAGUGCAGCUCCUGAGGGCGAUGACAAGAUUGCAGCCACGAAGAAGGGCUGCUUGCCAAGGAGUGAAAGUUACCAGGAGCAGUGCAGAGUUUGUCAGCAGCAAACAGAAGAACCUCUGAUGGAUCUUGGGUGCAGAUGCAGAGGUGAGCUUGCACAAGCACACCUCUCAUGCAUAGGGAUUUGGUUUCGUACUAGAGGUUCAAAUAAAUGUGAGAUAUGCCAGCAGGUGGCUGUAAAUGUCCCAUUUCCAGAGUCCCAACCAAGUACGAAUUAUUGGGUUUGGAGGGUUGACCCAUCCUAUGGAGGGGUACGAGGAGAACAUGGAAGGGGAUGCUUUAGCCCUUUGUGGGUUGCCUUCGCCAUUUUAAUUGGAGGACUCCUGUUAGAUGUGCUAAUAUCUGUUUCUCUUGGUGUUUCUGCACUUCCUGUGAAUAUCAUAAUUGGUGUUCUUAUCGUGCUGGGAUUAGGCACUGCUCUUCGGCUUACACUAGAAUGUUGUCAUGAGUGGGGUUCAAGGAGAAAUAUUCAGAGGGCAGAGAUGACCUCUAUAGAUCCUGGGUACCAUCCUGCUGUGUAAUUAGCUCUGUACAUAAUAUAGAGAAAUAGUGUUUGCCAUUUUUCAUUUAUUGCUCUAUUUUGCAAAGUUAUAUCUUUGCAAAUAAUUAGGUGAAAUGCCAGGUAUAAUGUUGGUUUAUAUCUACUUUUCAUUUCAAAGCUCUCUUGCUUCCUUUCCCUUUUAAACAUGCCUCCAGUUUGGGCUUAUUUUUUUGUUGUAUCCUGACUUCCUAUAUGUGUCAAAGGACAUAAUAUCAGCUGGCUGCAUAAAGUGCACGAUAGUUUUGGUUCC